CUCAAAAUAAAAAUAAAAAUAAAAAAUUUAAAAAGCACUACAAAUAUCCAUCUUUCAAUGCCACAAACCCAUCAGACUCUCUCUGUUCUCUCUGAUACUCCUUAGAAGUUUUAUCAGUUAUCUCAUAUGGGAUUCACCAAUAUGGGGAAAUUUUCAAUUUUGUUGAUGAUUGGUAUGAUGUGGUGCUGGGCUUCAAUAGCUGAAGCAGAGUAUAUGCUAUACAAAGAUCCCAAACAACCGCAAAGUGUACGAAUAAACGACUUAAUGAAGAGAAUGACAUUAGAGGAAAAGAUUGGUCAAAUGACCCAAAUUGAAAGAUCAGUUGCAUCUAAAGAGGUCAUGAAAAAAUAUUUUAUAGGGAGCGUGUUAAGUGGAGGAGGGAGUGUUCCAUCUAAACAAGCAACACCGGAGACAUGGAUAAACAUGGUCAACGAUUUCCAAACGGGCUCAUUAUCUACACGUUUAGGGAUACCUUAUAUCUAUGGGAUUGAUGCUGUUCAUGGACAUAAUAAUGUUUAUAACGCGACAAUCUUUCCUCAUAACGUUGGUCUUGGAGUUACCAGGGAUCCUGCACUAGUUAAAAAGAUUGGAGCUGCAACAGCACUUGAAGUUAGAGCAACUGGCAUACAAUACGCUUUCGCACCUUGUAUUGCAGUUUGUAGAGAUCCGAGAUGGGGUCGUUGUUACGAAAGCUACAGUGAAGAUACUGAAAUUGUAAGAUUAAUGACUGAAAUCAUACCGGGUUUACAAGGAGAGAUCACUGAUGAUUCCAAAUUGGGCGCCCCAUUUGUUAAUGGACAACAAAAAAUUGCAGCCUGUGCUAAGCACUAUUUAGGUGACGGAGGAACUCACCUCGGAACAAAUGAAGGCAACACAAUAUUAGACAGUAAAAAGUUAUUCGGUAUACACAUGCCAGCAUACAAUGAUUCAGUCAUUAAGGGGGUGGCUACCAUCAUGACCUCAUAUUCUAGCUGGAACGGGCUUAAAAUGCACGCUAACCGUAAUCUUGUUACCGGUUACCUCAAAAACAAACUUAAGUUCAAAGGAUUUGUGAUAUCAGAUUGGCAGGGCAUUGACCGGAUCACCGAUCCGCCACAUGCUAAUUACACAUACUCCAUAUUAUCUGGAAUCAAUGCUGGCAUUGACAUGUUCAUGAUCCCAUACAACUACACAGAGUUUAUCGACGGCUUGACUUACCUAGUCAAAAAUAAGUUUGUACCCAUGAGCCGAAUAGACGAUGCGGUUGAGAGGAUUUUGAGGGUGAAGUUUACAAUGGGUCUGUUUGAAAACCCAUUGGCGGAUUCUAGCAUGACCAAGUACUUGGGACAUCAGGAGCAUAGAGACCUAGCUAGGGAAGCAGUGAGGAAAACACUAGUGUUGUUAAAGAAUGGUAAAUCUUCAACAAAGCCAUUGUUACCGCUUCCUAAAAGGGCAUCGAAGAUAUUAGUUGCGGGAUCGCAUGCUAAUAAUAUUGGUUAUCAAUGUGGUGGGUGGACCAUUGAAUGGCAAGGAGUUUCAGGCAAUGUUACUCAUGGUACAACAAUCCUCUCCGCUGUGCAAAAAGCAGUUGAUCCCAACACUCAAGUAAUCUACAACGAGAAUCCGAACCAAGAUUACCUAAAGUCAAACAGUUUUGACUUUGCUAUAAUCGUCGUAGGAGAGCCACCGUAUGCAGAGACUUUUGGAGACAACUCAAAUCUUACAAUCCACGAGCCGGGCCCCAGUACUAUAAAAAAUGUAUGUGGCUCAGUAAAAUGUGUGGUGGUCCUAAUCACUGGGCGACCCGUGGUGGUGCAGCCAUUUGUUGACACCAUAGACGCACUUGUAGCCGCUUGGCUUCCUGGAACAGAAGGCCAAGGCGUUACGGAUGUUUUGUUUGGUGAUUAUGGUUUCACAGGAAAGCUGGCCCGAACUUGGUUUAAGUCGGUUGACCAGCUACCGAUGAAUGUCGGUGACCCACAUUAUGACCCGUUAUACCCGUUUGGGUUUGGACUGACAACUGAUCCAACCAAGACCACAUAAUAAGAUUAUAAUGUGUCAGUUUUUCGGUUAUAAAUAAACAUGAUGAUUAUUUGUUGUUCAAUGCUAAGAAAAAUAAUUUAUAUAAGAUCUUGUAAUGUUUGGAAUA